GAAUGCAUAUUUAAGUGUCCAUUUUCUUCAGGUUUUAUGCAUAUUAUAUGACUUAAAAUGAAUAUUUUAAAUGCAUAUUUUGGCCGUCUUUUAUGACCAUCAAUCUACUUUUUACUAAUUGAGUAGACUGUCCUAGAACAAUCAACGAGUGUCUGUGCUCUAAAGCCCAGGUUCAAGGGUCAUCAAUAUCAUAAUCGAUAAAUUUUAAAAUGCCCCUGUUUUAAAUUUCUUGCGUCAUUUCAAGGAAAAGAGCUUCCUUUGUUAAAUGAGAAGUAUUUUUGUCCCGUAUUCAAGAUGCAUUGCAAAGAGAAGCACAUUAAUUCCAUUAUCAUCGGAUUUGAAAACUGGCAAGAUAGUGAUCAAUUCCAGACGUGCUGAGACAAGAAACACAUGUUUUAAGUAAACACACAACUCCGAAAAUUCCAGUUUCUCUUCACACUUCAAAGUGUGAACACGUAUCUAAAAUGGCUGAAACCCAAUCUCAUGCCCUCACGGGACCUUGCAUUGUUUUCGUCUCUACUGUGAUCCUUCUGAUGAAUAAUUAUGUGAUUAAGAGUUGGAAAAUUCCCACUCCAGAUCUUUGCUUUUGGCGGGGAUUGAUGCAGAUCACGCCUCUUCUCGUGUUGCUUGCGUGCAAUCGGGCUCCCAAAAUUCGUCGACAAGAUCUACUUCAUCUGGUUGGAUAUACAUUGGCCUCGGGGAUCAAGAUCACUUCCUACUUUGCGGCCGUGUCCUUGGUGCCUUUGACAGAACUCACGGUUCUGUGCUCAACCAUUCCGGUCUUUUCACUCAUACUCUCUCGCAUCAUGUUGGGCAAGGCUAUAACGCCAUUGCGAGUCUUCCUUUGCCUGACCGUGAUAUUGGGUGUGGUUUUCGUAGUUCAACCAACGGCCAUAUUCACUGAGCAAUCCAUCAAUGCGUCUCCAUUGUCCAAUGAGACUUUGGAGGUGAUCGAGGGGGAACCUGUACCCAAUCCCACUUUACAAGUGGAUUCCCAAACACGUGACAUUGACUACUAUCUUGGGUUGCUUCUAACAUUAGCAUUCGCCAUAAGCUGUAGUUUAACGCACGUGACACCGGCCUUGGCCACCGAAGUUCCUAAUCAAGCAUUCCUGUUUUGCGCCGGACUAGGAACGAGUUUGGUGUCAUUUGUGAUCCCACUUUUAGGAAUUGAGAUGUAUCUGAUUCAACGAGAUUUGUCCACAGUAGAGCCAGUGGUUUGGUUGCUGAUUUUUGGAUUGGGUUUGUGCUCGGUGGUGUUUCAAGUUCUCAUGGUUAUGGCUAUUCGAAGAACACUUCCAACCAUUGUUUCCAUGGUUCGUCGGUCGGAUAUCAUUCUUGUGAUUAUCAUAGAAGCCACCUGGUUUGGGUCGUUUCCAAGUAUUUUCGGGUGGAUCGGAAUAGCACUUGUUUUAAUCAGCAUCACCGGAAUCACUUUUGCAGACAAGAUUGAGACGAGUUUAAGCUACAAAUAUCAUCGCAGGUGUUCUUCAAUCAAACAGGAAAAUGAGGACAUUUGAAUCCAGACUUGGAAUUUCCCAAAAAUUAUUUACGCUUGCCCAAAUUGGUUGGUCGAAUCUGAUAAUGUUAGAGCAAUUGUUUUUCAAUUCCUGACUAUCGUUUAAGCAUGAGUUACUCAUUUUGAAACAAAAGAAAUAUUAUCAAGAAAUGCAAGCUAUGUAUUUGAAAUCCUCAUCAUGAUUUUCCUCUUCUUCAGAUUUGUCUGGUUAAUUUAAAAAAAAAAUCAUGGAUCAUGUUAUGCCAACUUAAUCUGCCGCCACUGUGAAUAAAAAUAACAAGGGAAAUAUAGGUGGGGUGUAAGCCCUUGAAUUUU